CCACUGAAGUUCCCAACUCAAAAUGAGAGCAAACAAAGAUAAAAAAACAAGAACAGCAACGACAAUGCGACCGUCGUCUCCGCCGAGAAGACGGACCCAAACCACCUCCACCACCACACCCUCUGCCUCUGUUCUGGAUAGUGAACUCCUGACUGCGGAAGAAACUACAACUUUCUUUAGAAACCUUCAAAUUUCAUCUCCAGAUUCGAGCGCAAAUCCUAGGAGUUUCCCGUACAGCGUGAAGCAACAGUGCUGGGAAAAGGCGGAGAAGGUCAGAGGACGAGACCCAGAUCGCUGGCGGAGAGACGCUCUCGGUAACAUUGUUUUUAGAAAGCUUGUGGGCUGUCCCGGUUGUUUGUGCCAUGAUUACGAUCAUAUUUUGCCUUACUCCAAGGGGGGGAAAAGCACGCUGGAAAAUUGUCAGGUUUUACAAGCAACAGUUAAUAGAUCAAAGGGAAAUCGAACUGAAUUAUCCAGAGCUGAGCUGAUUCAAAAAAGUUCUUAUUGCCGGGUUGCAGGUCGUGACAUGGAUCUUAUUGAACUGUCAGCCUAUGGCAAUGUUCGUCGUGGACAAGACACGGGAGGUUGUAGAAUUCAAUGACAAAUUUCAGCUGUAGUAACUUCUUUUAAAUAGAUUUAAGAUGGAAUUAGGAAAUUAAGGAAUUUUUGUGUAUUCAAUUGAUUAUAAUUGUGUGCGCACAACUUCUACAUCAAAUUAUAGCAAA